UCUUUUUCUCCAAACACCCUUUCAUUUGUCCUAAUUUUAUCAUUUUCAUGGAGAUUAAUUCAAGAAAUCAAGAAAAUGUUGGCGUCUUUACCAAGUGGUGGAACAACGUCAAAGAUAUUCCAAGAAAAUUUAAGAAGAAAAUUGAAAAAAUUGGUAAGAACGUAAAGCAGAUUGGCGAAGAUGAUCCAAGAAAAAUUUGGCAUGCAUUUAAAGUGGGAUUAGCUCUCACUUUAGUCUCGUUGUUCUACUAUAACGAACCUCUAUUUCAUAGUUUUGAUGAACCAGUAAUGUGGGCUAUUCUCACUGUGGUGGUUACUUUUGAAUUCACUGUUGGUGGAACCAUAUCAAAAUGCAUAAAUAGAGGAAUUGGAACAAUUGUAGCUGGUGCAUUUGGUCUUGGAGCUAAAUAUUUAGCUCAAUUGAUUGGAAAAAAUGAACCAAGCCCUAUAGUUCUUGGGGUUUGUGUCUUUAUUGUAGGUGUUUUAGGUACAUUUACAAGAUUUUAUCCACAUAUCAAGAGAAGAUACGACUAUGGAACCAUGGUGUUUGUGUUGACCUUCAGCUUGGUUGCCAUCUCUGGCUAUCGAUCAGAAAAUAUUUUGCAAUUGGCUCGCCGACGAAUAUUCACCAUUUUUAUCGGCAUCUGCACCGUCAUGAUCAUCUCAAUAGUUAUUCGUCCAGUAUGGGCUGGAGAAGAUCUUCAUAAGCUUGUUAGUAUUAAUCUUGAAAAGCUAGCAAGCUUCUUGGAAGGUUUUAAAAGUGAGUAUUUUCACAAGUCUGAGAUUAGUGUUGAAGGUACCAAGAACAACGAAAAAAGAUUUAUUGAAGCUUUUUUAAGUGUUCUUUGUUCUAAGGCCAAUGAGGAAUCUUUGGCAAACUUAGCAUGGUGGGAACCUCCUCAUGGAAAUUUCAAAUUUAAUUAUCCAUGGAAACAAUAUCUGAAGAUUGGUGGCCUUAUUAGAAAAUGUGCUUGUCAUCUUCUAGCUCUUAAUAGCCACUUAAACUCUAAACCUAAGGCAUCAAUCGAAUUUGAAAGUAGAACAGAAGAAGCAUGCAAAAGAAUGAUAACGGAAUCCAGCAAAGGCUUAAAAGAACUUGCAUUGUCUAUUAGAACCAUGACACAACCAAUUUCUUCUAUAAUUCACAUACGUAACACAGAAAAUGUCAUUGAUGACCUCAAACACACACUAGACACCUCAAAAACCUUUUUUCCACACAACGAAUCGCGCGUCAUGGACUUCAUAGAUGCCGCAUCCAUUGUGUCCUUACUCGUCGCCAUCUCAAAAUGUGUGGAUGAAAUCGCCAAGGCUAUCGAAGAGCUUUCGAGCAAAGCACGCUUCGAAGAAAAGGAGACGAGAAAAGAUUCAUGCUCGACUGAGAAGCCACAAAUAAGGGACCGGGGGACCGUAAAUCCUGUUAUGGAGGAUGAAAUGAAGGAAGGUGAUUUUGUUACUAUCGAUUUAGAUGACAAUGUAGAAACAGCAAAGAAAGUGAUAGCAGAGGAGGCAAAUCGAGUGAAUAUUAAUCCAAUAAAUGCAACAAAAGGAGAACCUUUUUUUAUUUGGAUACGUGGAGGCACCACAACAGAAAUAGUGGAAGAGACAAAAACACCAAAAAAGAAAGGAGAAUUUAUGGACUUAGCUAAUAUAAAGUUUUACUAUAAUAGCACUCAAUUUUUUGAAUCAGCUGAGAGAUUAGCAGUUCUAGAAGAGGCGAAUCAAGUAAACAAUCCACUAACUCCGAGAAAGGAAGAGUCUAUUGUUACUAGGAUAUGUGAGGACAUCAAGACGGCGGAGAAGAAUUGAUACUUUAUAAAUUUAGCUGGUACAAAGAUUUAUGAUAAUACACUAUUUAAUUUUUUGAAUUGUGAUAGAAAAAUUUAAA